AUGGAGCUGUCGUCUACUUUCGAGGAGCGCGCCCGAUGGAUGGAGGACACACGCAACCACUGCAUGUCCCGUCUCCAAGCCGAGAAGGAGAUCCAGGCCGCCAAGUCCCGCCUCCUCGCCGCCAAGGCCGCCGCCGCCCGCCUCCUAGAGCGGCGCCGCCUCCUCCUCGAGCGCCGUGCCAUGGACCUCGCCUCCCACGCCCUCGCCGCCCGCACCGACAUCGACGCCACUCACGCGCGUCGCCUCGCCGUCGCCCGCGACAUCAGCUCGACCAACGGCGAGAUCGAGGUGGCGCAGCAGAAGGCGGAGGAGUGGGACCGCUUCUACGAGUCCAAGAGGAAGGAGAUGGAGGAGUUCCGGGCGAUGUCGCAGCAGUUCGAGGCGGGAGCUCGUCAGGAAGUGCAGAGGCUCAAGGCCUCUGUGUCUCAACUGCACGCAGCCCUGCAGGAGCUGCAGAGCAGCGGGUUGCACUGGGACGACGCCGGGAUCGGGGCUGCGGAAGCUAGGAAGGCCGACCUCAUGGCUAAGAAGGCCAAGCUGGACGAGACCCUGGCUGCAGCCCGCCAGUUCAGAGCACUGCUUCGGCAGCAGCUCCAGAAAGCCUUCACGUCACAGGUUAGGGAUCAAAAGGCAGCACAAAACUGA